AUGCCCCUCCUAUCCUCCACGCUCCUCGUGCGCACCCACUCCCUCACCCUCCUGACGAGCGCCUACUACCUCCUGAGCUCGCCGACGCAGCUCCUGUCGUCCACCCCGAUCUGGCUCCUGGGGGAGAGCAUGAGCGUGCGGCCCGCCGGGUAUGCUCCUCCGGAAACCGUGGGCCGUGACGCCCCGUCCGCGCGGACGAGCACCAACAUGCACAACUUGAAAGGAGCGCUGCUGUCGGGACAAGGCCAGAGUGUCACGCCGCAGUCCGAGAGGGAACUGUUCGCGCUCCUGGGGCUGGUGGUGCUGGUGUACGCGGUCACGCAGUUUCUCUUUGCGGGGGAUUUGUCCAUGCUUCAGGGCACCACUACUACGACCACCACUACGACUACAUCGUCCUCCUCCUCGAGGCACAGCGGCACCACCGCCCGACACGACGACCCCGCGGCAAAGUCUCCCUCGCGCUACGCCGAAGAGCUGCACACCCUGCUGACCGCGCAGUCGCGCUGGCUCACGCUCUCGGCCAUCCACGUACUGGCGUCGUCAACGUUGGUGUUUUGGAUAUACAUGUUCCACUCCCAUUCCGCCUCUUCGACAACAAGUGCCGCCGCCGAUGCCGAAUCCUGGCCGUCGUCGCUCCUGCCAGGGCUGGAUCUGCUCGCGAAUCGAGUGGUCUUCACGGUGGGACUGGCUGAUAUGCUGUUUUGGGGCUAUUUGUGGACGGUGUUGAAGGAGGAGGGGCGGGAAGUUGCCAACGCGUUGGCCAGACGGCGCAGGGAGGCUGAAGAUGAUGAAUAA